AACUUCACAACCGUUGUUGCCAGUGGCAAGCAGCUUCUUUCGUUCCCUUUUUUAUCCUGGCCCCACCUGUCUCCAGCUGUGGCUCAUUACUGAGCCUUCAGUCUCAGCCAGCUAUUUAAGUGCAGCAUUUACAGCGUUAUGUUUCUGCAGACGCAACCUUCUUUCUGGCUGGACUUGCGCUGCACGCCUCAAUCUUCUUCGUUCCGAGGGCUGGGAGGAUGACUUACUUCAGGCUCAGAAUCUGCUUCGUUGGAGACAGGAGGUGGGGGAGUACGGCCUUCACAAAGCUCUUCUGUAAGGCCCCUUUCUCCCUGCAACAUUGCCUCUGGUAUGUCCUCAGAGGAAGGAGAGUCUUCAGCCUCUGAGGCUGUAAUGGAGGAACCAGAAGUGUCCCUUGAAGAACUGGUGGAAAGAGCAAAAGCUGGGGAGCCUAAAGCACAGAUGGAGGUUGGAAAACACUACUUGAACCUAGCGGAAGACCAGGAUGAGGAACUCAAUAGUUGUACUGGGGUUGAGUGGUUGAUCCUUGCUGCCAAGCAAGGGCAAAGGCAAGCUCUUAAACUGCUGUGGACAUGUUUAGCAGAAAGAAGAGGCAUCACUUCAGAGAAUGAGCAAGAAGUGAAGAAAUUAUUGUCAGAGACUGAUUUGGAAAGAGCUGUGAGAAAAGUUGCCUUAGUCAUUUACUGGAAACUAAACCCAAAGAAGAAAAGACAAAUGGCUGUUUCAGAACUACUAGAAAAUGUUGGCCAAGUUCACAGUGAAGGUGGUGAGAAAGCUCCUGGCCCAGUUCCAAAGUCUGUACAGAAGCAAAGAAGAAUGCUGGAACGACUGGUGAGCAGUGAAUCUAUGAAUUAUAUUGCCUUGGAUGAUUUUGUUGAACAAACCAAAAAGUAUGCAAAGGGCAUCAUCCCAACUAACCUACUUGUGCAGGAUGAUGAUGGUGAUGAUGAACUGGCAAGCAAGAGUCCAGAAGAGCUUCCACUCCGACUCAAGGUCGUAAAGUAUCCACUUCAUGCUAUUAUGGAAAUCAAAGAACAACUCAUAGAUAUUGCAUCGAAAGCAGGAAUGCAUUGGCUGUCGACUAUUAUUCCAACACACCACAUAAAUGCUCUCAUAUUCUUCUUCUUCAUCAGUAAUCUGACAAUUGACUUCUUUGCUUUUUUUAUCCCAUUAGUUAUCUUUUACCUGUCCUUCAUUUCCAUGGUAAUUUGCACCCUGAAAGUAUUCCAAGAUAGUAAAGCUUGGGAAAAUUUCCAUACCCUCACUGACUUGCUGCUUCAUUUUGAACCAAACCUAGACAUUGAAGAAGCUGAAAUUAACUUUGGUUGGAACCAUUUAGAGCCAUACCUUCACUUCUUCCUCUCAGUGUUCUUUGUCAUUUUUUCCUUCCCUGUAGCAAGCAAGGACUGGAUACCAUGCUCAGAGUUGGCUACAGUCUCAGUUUUCUUCAUGGUGACAAGUUACAUGAGUUUGGGAACAAGUGCUGAACCCUACACACGAAGAGCUUUAUUGACAGAGGUUGCUGCUGGGUCCCUCUCCUUAUUGCAGUUUGUACCGAUAAAUGUGGGGCACUUAAAGUUAUUGGCGAAAACAUUUUACAGUGUUCCUGUUGGACACUUCUUCAUGCUGAACCUGAGCAUCCCCUGCCUUUUGUUUCUGUACUUGUUUUAUCUUUUCUUUAGAAUGUCACAGCUGCGGAAUUUUAAAGGAACAUAUUGCUAUCUGAUUCCUUAUUUAGUAUGUUUCACGUGGUGUGAACUCUCAGUGGUUAUUUUGCAAGAGUCAUCUGGCAUUGGUCUAAUUCGUGCCUCAAUUGGUUACUUUUUGUUCCUGUUUGCACUUCCUAUUCUAAUGAUAAGCGUUGUGCUGAUGUGUCUCAUCCACUUCAUAAAAUGGUUCAUAACAUUAGAGCUUGUGAAGAUUGUGGUAACUCUUGUGUUAUGUGCUAUUCCUCUACUUUUCCAAUGGUGGAUGAGAGCCAGUAUGUCUGUAGUUAAAAUGGUAAAAUCCCUAACAAAGAGUUCAAUUGUUAAACUUAUUUUGGUGUGGCUUACUGCCAUAAUGUUGUUCUUUUGGUUUUAUGUGUACCACUCAGAGGGGAUGAAAGUGUAUAACUCCACCUUGACAUGGAAUCAGUAUGGUUUUUUGUGUGGACCACGGGCAUGGAAGGAGACGAACAUGGCACGCACUCAGAUCUUAUGUAGUCAUCUGGAGGGCCAUAGAGUGACCUGGACUGGAAGGUUCAAGUAUGUUAGAGUUACUCACAUUGACAAUAGUGCAGAAUCAGCAGUAAACAUGCUUCCUUUUUUUUUUGGUGACUGGCUGAGAUGUGUGUAUGGUGAAAUCUAUCCAGCAUGUGACCCAAAAAGAAUUACCAUGGAAGAGGAGGAACUCUGUCGUCUAAAGUAUCUGACAAAGCAUGACUGCCACAUGAAAAGGUUUGACCGCUAUAAAUUUGAAAUAACUGUUGGCAUGCCUUUCAGUAAUGAAAAUGGAAGUAGGCCUAUAGAGGAGGAGGACGUAACCAAAGAUAUUGUGCUGAAAGCGAGCAAUGAGUUUAAGAAAGUGUUGCUGAACUUGAGGAAAGGAAGUGUAAUUGAGUUUAGCACUAUUCUAGAAGGCCAUCUUGGCAGCAAAUGGCCUGAAUUUGAACUGAAAGCCAUCUCGUGCUUAAACUGCUUGUCCAAACUUUCACCUGCAGGUAGGCAUGUGAAAGUAGAGCAUGAUUGGAGAAGCACUGUUCAGAAAGCUCUCAGAUUUGUCUUUAAUUUUUUCUUCUCCCCAUUUUUGUCAGUUGCAUGCUGAAAUUUAAUUGUGAUGCCUGCCUUAUUGCAACUAAAGAUUUGGCUGAAAACAGCUACAAUAAUUUAAAAUGAAUCCUGAGAUUUUUGAGUGUUGUACAUGGUGCACACAAUGCAGUCUUAGUAAGUCCUGUAUUGUAGAGGCAUCUACAUGUUAAAAAACACACCUGACUAUCUGCAUAUUAAAAGCAUAAACAAUAGUUCCUACAAGAGUUGGAUUUUAACAUCAACUACUAACAGGAACGGGCAACCUGGUCCCCUCCAAAUAUUUUUGACUACAGUUCCCAUAAACUCCAGCUAACAUACUCAAUAGCCAGGGAUUAUGGGAAUCGUAGCCCAAAACAUCUAAAGGGUACCCAGUUGGAUUACUGAAUAAAAGCACUAUUUCUUAAGAUAAUUCACACUUCUACUUU